GGGGCUGGAAGUUCUUGGGGACGCCCAGUGGGCGGGCCGGCGGCUGGUCUACGUGUUGCUCGUGUGAGGGGGCGGGGCUGGCGGUGCGUCUGGGGUUACGGAGGAGAGUGCGCAGGCGCGGCCGGGCGCGGGAUGCUGCGCAGAUUUUGGAGUGGGCGCUACCGGGACGCGAUCCCUGGGGACUGAGCCCCACCUUCUCUGCACUCUGCCCUUCUCCAAAUGCGGACCCUCAAGGGGGAGGAAAGGAUGCCUGCUGCGCGAGGGAAGUCUAGGUCCAAGGUGCCAGUGACAUUUGGGGAUUUGGCCAUCUACUUCUCCCAGGAGGAGUGGGAAUGGCUGAGCCCCAUUCAAAAAGACCUGUAUGAAGAUGUCAUGUUGGAGAACUACCAGAACCUGGUCUCUGUUGGACUUUCCUUUCGGAGGCCAAAUGUGAUCACCUUGCUGGAGAAAGGGAGAGCGCCUUGGAUGGUGGAGCCAGUGAGGAAGCGCCGGGGCGUGGACUCAGGGUCUAAAUGUGAGACCAAGAAGUUACUUCCAAAUCUGUGCAACAAAUCUGGGCAAAGCAUCUAUCAGAAACCAGUUUCUGCUUCACAGAAGGUUCCCACUGGAAAGAGGGGCUGCAAGAGGAGUUCAGUUCUGAUAAAACCCAGGAAGGUGCAUUCAGGGAAGAAAUCUUUAAAAUGUAAUGACUGUGGGAAAACCUUUGGUCAAAGCUUAUCUCUUAAACUUCAUCAGAAAUCCCAUACUGGAGAGAAGCCUUAUGAAUGCAGUAAUUGUAGAAAAGCUUUCAGACAGAUUUCAUCCCUCAUUCUUCAUCAGAAAAUUCACAAUGAAAGGAAAAGUUAUGAAUGUGGUAAAUGUGGAGAAAGCUUCAUUCAGAGAACAUCCCUUAUUCUACAUGGGAAAGUUCAUAAUGGGAAGGAAAUCUCUGACUGUGGGAAGGCCUUGAGUCAAUGCCCACCUCUUAGUGUGGGCCAGAAAAUUAAUUUUGUUGAGAACAUCCACCAGUGUGGAAAGUGUGGAAAAGACUUCAUUAGAAUGUCAUCCCUGUUACUUCAUAAGAAAAUUCACAGUGGAAAGAAAAGAUAUAAAUGCAAUAAAUGUGGGAGAGGCUUCAAUAAGAAAUCAGCCCUUGUUAUACAUAAAAGAAAUCAUACUGGAGAGAAGACCCAUGAAAGUGAGAAGACCUUAAUUCAGAGUCCACAGCAGAAAAGUCACCAUUUAGAGAAUCCUUAUAAAUGCAGAGCGUGUGGAAAAUCCUUUAAUAGAAUUUCAUCCAUUAUGCUUCAUCAGAGAAUUCAUAUGUCAAAGAAAACCUACAAAUGUGAUAAAUGCGAGAAGGUCUUCAGGAGGUUUUCAACCCUUAUUCUACAUCUAAGAAUUCAUAAUGGAGAGAAAUUGUACAGAUGUAGUAAAUGUGAGAAGGUCUGUAAUCGGCAUUCAUCCCUUAUUCAACAUCAGAAAGUUCAUACAAGGAAAAAGAAACUGUUUGAAUGUAAGGAAUGUGGAAAGAUGUUUUCUGGAACUGCCAACCUUAAAAUACAUCAGAACAUUCAUUCUGAAGAGAAACCUUUCAAAUGCAAUAAAUGCAGUAAGGUUUUUGGCCGACAGUCAUUUCUUAUUGAACAUCAGAGAAUUCAUACUGGAGAAAAACCCUAUCAGUGUGAGGAAUGUGGAAAAGCCUUCAGUCACCGAAUAUCUCUUACUCGACAUAAGAGAAUUCAUACUGAAGAUAGACCAUAUGAAUGUGAUCAGUGUGGGAAGGCCUUCAGUCAGAGUGCACACCUUGCCCAACAUGAAAGAAUUCACACUGGAGAAAAACCAUAUACAUGCAAAACAUGUGGGAAGGCCUUUAGUCAACGGACAUCCCUUAUUCUGCAUGAAAGAAGUCAUACUGGAGAGAAACCGUAUGAAUGUAAUGAAUGUGGGAAGGCCUUUAGCAGUGGUUCGGAUCUUAUUCGGCAUCAGAGAAGUCAUUCUUCAGAGAAACCAUAUGAAUGCAGUAAAUGUGGGAAGGCAUAUAGUCGGAGUUCAUCCCUGAUUCGACAUCAGAAUACACAUUCUGAAGAAAAAGCUUAAGUUUGUUUUAAAUAUGUGAAAGCAUAGAGUGAGGCUAUCAAAGUAGCAGAGACCAAGGCAUUGGAAAAUGCACUUGUCUGUUACAUAAGUUUUGUAUAAAUGGGACCGUUUGAUGAUGUGUCCGUCCCACUUUGAAAGCCGAAGAGCAGAAGUCAUCGGAGACUUUAACCAGAUAAUUUGUGAUCACCUGAGUCAGUGACCUUAUCAUAGGUCCUAAUUUCAAAGUAGCAAACUCAUAUGAUUUGAUCAGUCAUUUUUAAUGAAUACCACACUUCAUGUGAUAAGAAUUGCUGAUAUUUUAUUUCCAGUGUAAUUUUAAAGCUGUUUUAUUAGUCACACACAACAAAGUAGAACUACAGAGUCCAUAUUUGUGGAUGGGGCUUUGAGCCUGAUUUAAGGUCACGUGAAGAAUGAGUUUAAGUUUGUCUCUUAGGACUGGAACUAUCACAUGUAAGAGAUUUCCUGGGCAAACCAGAGUGCUACUUCCAGCUGGCAGAAAAUUAUGGGUGAGAAAAGAGUGAGUCUUCAGGUGGUUAAAGAUAGUCCUCAUAAUUGUGUGGAUGAGUUGAGUCAUUGCCAUAUUGUCUCCGAAUGAAGAUGUAAUAUUCAUCGUGUGAAAAAUCUGACAAGCCUGAGACAAACUGAUGGGAAAAAAGAAAGCAGAGAAAUGAGAAGUUAAAAGCAGGGAGAAAUUAUUUGUUACUGUUUUACUAAAAAUAAAUUUGUCUAUAUUUAUAUAAAUAAACAUUGGUAUUUUCCUGUAAGAACCCUGGUGUGUAAUAAGUGAUUGGUGGAAAAUGAGAUGCCAUUCCUUGAAUAUGUCUUCUCAAAAUGCAUAUGUUGAAUGCCUAACCUCUAAUGUGAUGGUACUUUGAAAUGGAACCUUUGGGAGAUAUUUAGGGAAUAGAUGAGGUUAUGCGGGUGCAUCAUGAUAGGAUUAGUGUCUUUUUAAAAAAGGAUGCCAGAGAUCUUGCUCUUUCUAGUUUAUGAAGAUAACUGCAAGAAGAUGGCUGUGUAUAAGCCAGGAAGGUAGUCCUCACUACAUCCAACCAUGUGACAUUCUGACCUCGGACUUUUAGCCUCCAAAACUAAAAAAAUAAGUUUCUUUUGUUUAAGUCACCUCCUCUGUGGUAUUUUGUUAUAGCAUCUGGAAUGGCUAAUACAUCAGGGGGAAACCCUGGAUUUAUGUACCAGGCUCUUUUCCUGUCUGCUAAUCACCAUAUAUGAUAACUAUCAGUCUCUGUUUCCAGCUUGUGCAAAGUAUGUGAGAAAUAAAAUCAGAUUUUUUGUUA